CGGCUGAGGCCGGUGAACAAUAGAAAGCAGCAUCCACGUGACCCUGCGUUCCCGGAUGUUGGUUCCCUAAGUUGGUUUCCAACUGUCCCUAUGGGGCCACUGAAUACCUAGUGUGUCACGUGAUUGGGGAGGUUUCUUCCCUGUAUUGCUGCCGGAUUAUGGCCGGCGCUGGGUGCACGCGCGUGGCAGCAGGAUUUAUACAACAACCCUAGUGCGUGCAAUGACACAGAAACCACGUGCUUCCAAACGCCGCCUACUCCGCUUCGGAAUGGCGCACGUCUGUGAUCGAGCUGCCAUCGGCGAUGACGAUCGUCGCUGCGAAUUUUGCAGCAAACUAUUAUUACAGAGGAAGAACAUGCUGCAACACAUCAGGAACGUUCACAAAAUGGCCGUGGAUGUCAAGAAAUUGAUGAAAUGCGACGUAUGUGGCACUUCCCUGCCUACAAUGGAGAAGUAUUCGGUGCACCAGAUCGCUGCGCACAACUUCGAGGCUGACUACGUGCACUUGGUGUUCCGGAACAAUAAGGAAUUUCAUGAAUGGAAAGCAGAAGAAGAGGGUAGCCAAAACUGCUGGCUCAUUUUGCCCAGGGACCCCAAAAAGCUGGCUAGUGGAGAGACAAGGAUCCACUAUUACUGUAAUAGAUCAGGUGAGGCAAGGAAAAAGGAAGGUCAUAGUGACCGUCGGGAGAAAAGUCAGGGGAGCUGUAGGGCUGGUAAGAUAUGUCUUUCAUUUAUUACCGUCGCAAUGGACAACACUCAGAGUCCGACACCUGAAGGCAUCACCAUAAAAGUCAGGUAUAAAAGAAACUAUUACGGUCAUAAACCAGAAAUUCAGCACUUGAGAAUGAGUGACAAGGAAAAGGCCAGCGUAGCAGAGAACCUAGAAAGGGGUGUGCCCAUGAAAACAAUUCUAAAGCGAAUAAGAACAUCUGUGGCAUCCAAGCUGAGGCCAGUGCACUUGGCAGAGUGCUCAACCCUGCAUAACAUCAAACAGCAGUUUAACAUUGCUGCUCCUGAACAUUGUCACACUAAUGACGCUAUCAGUGUAGACACAUGGGUGCUUGUGAUGAAAUCAUCAUCAUCAUCAUCAUCAGCCUGGUUACGCCCACUGCAGGGCAAAGGCCUCUCCCAUACUUCUCCAACAACCCCGGUCAUGUACUAAUUGCGGCCAUGCCGUCCCUGCAAACUUCUUAAUCUCAUCCGCCCACCUAACUUUCUGCCGCCCCCUGCUACGCUUCCCUUCCCUUGGGAUCCAGUCCGUAACCCUUAAUGACCAUCGGUUAUCUUCCCUCCUCAUUACAUGUCCUGCCCAUGCCCAUUUCUUUUUCUUGAUUUCAACUAAGAUGUCAUUAACUCGCGUUUGUUCCCUCACCCAAUCUGCUCUUUUCUUAUCCCUUAACGUUACACCUAUCAUUCUUCUUUCCAUAGCUCGUUGCGUCGUCCUCAAUUUGAGUAGAACCCUUUUCGUAAGCCUCCAGGUUUCUGCCCCGCAGGUGAGUACUGGUAAGACACAGCUAUUAUACACUUUUCUCUUGAGGGAUAAUGGCAACCUGCUGUUCAUGAUCUGAGAAUGCCUGCCAAACGCACCCCAGCCCAUUCUUAUUCUUCUGAUUAUUUCCGUCUCAUGAUCCGGAUCCGCCGUCACUACCUGCCCUAAGUAGAUGUAUUCCCUUACGACUUCCAGUGCCUCGCUGCCUAUUGUAAAUUGCUGUUCUCUUCCGAGACUGUUAAACAUUACUUUAGUUUUCUGCAGAUUAAUUUUUAGACCCACUCUUCUGCUUUGCCUCUCCAGGUCAGUGAGCAUGCAUUGCAAUUGGUCCCCUGAGUUACUAAGCAAGGCAAUAUCAUCAGCGAAUCGCAAGUUACUAAGGUAUUCUCCAUUAAUUUUUAUCCCCAAUUCUUCCCAAUCCAGGUCUCUGAA